UCAAAUGAGAUGGAGGAACUGAGUGAAAUCCAGGUUAGUCGGGAAGUGGUGUUAUGUAAAUUGAAUGGAUUAAAGGUGGAUAAAUCCCCAGGGCCAGAUGGGCUGCAUCCCAGAGUACUUAAGGAAGUAGCCCCAGAAAUAGUGGAUGCAUUAGUGAUAAUUUUUCAAAACUCUUUAGAUUCUGGAGUAGUUCCUGAGGAUUGGAGGGUAGCUAAUGUAACCCCACUUUUUAAAAAGGGAGUGAGAGAGAAAACGGGGAAUUACAGACCAGUUAGCUUAACAUCUGUAAGUUAUUGGGGUAAAUCCUCCAAAAUUACAGAAGAACUCAGGGAUGAUGACCAUGGACAUUUUUAAAACAGACUUGCUGGCUGCAAAAGAAAAAACCCCAAUCCACAAAGGAAGAACCAGUUUCAGACCCGUCUGUGGGCCUGGGCAUUACACAACUGUGUGAAUGGUGUGAACAGGAAAGGCUGGGACGGAGAUAACGAGAUUUUGGAAAGACAAAGGAAGGAACCGAGCCUCAGCAGACAGUGGUAAACAGCCCAGCAGCAACACAAUCACCAUCGUGGAUGACCCAUCCAUCAGGACAAUGGGAGCCCAUCCAGGUGAUGGGGAUAACUGACAUCAGCAAACCCCUUAUCAUCGGAAGCCUAUUGUUCAUGCCAGAUCAAAACUGGGAAUCAUCGAAAGAUCCUUUUGUCCAGGGACCACCUGGGGGGUUUCAAGGGAGAAACUCGGGUAUAAAAAGCAGGAGUCAAGCCAGAACUCGGUCUCUUUUCUGCUCUGUUGGACGGCUCAUGACCCUGCAAUGAUCUAGCUGUAAGUACACCAGUGAUUUGGUGAAGUUCCCGAAAUAGGAUAAAGAUUGAGAGAAGAAGGGAAAGGGGGUGUACUUGUAAGUAAAAUUGUGUAAAGUAAGUUUUACGACGUGCCCGAUAAUUUUCUUUCCAUAGUCUUAGUUUAAAGCAUAAGUUUAGCCACGUAUUAUGUAGUGUUGGUGAGAUUCGAUUUCUCAUUGUUUAAUAAAGCCUGUAAAUUUUAGACUUGCUUUGAGUCCAUCUUGGUUUCUGUUUUCUCUCAUCAGCACGCUCUGGUCAAGUCAACCUUUUAUCAUAUCCCACCAUAAUUCCGAGGUCAAGAACCCAGAGGAACCCUUUUUUUGGAGUAAAGGGAACCAAACCCCUACACAUCGACAGUGGAGAAAAUGCUCGAGUCAGUUAUUAAAGAUGGGAUAGCAGCACAUUUGGAAAGUGGUGAAAUCAUUGGACAAAUUCAGCAUGGAUUUAUGAAAGUUACCAGCUUAAAAUGCUACACCUGUGUGGAUGCAACAAACAAUGCAGCCUGCAAUGCAAAUGCACCUACAACUUGCACGAGUGCCACAGCCAAAUGCUCCGUAACCAAGGCCGGAGUAACCCUAUUUGGAAAAUCAUCAACUGUACUGAACAAAGGCUGCAUUGAAAGUUCACUGUGUACUGGAAACAUCAACAUCUUGUUCGUCUCUAGUGGGACUGAAUGUUGUGAUACUGAUUUAUGUAACGUGAAUGGUUCAGUUAAUUUCUGUGCAAGCAAACUGCUGAUUAUAGCUUCUGCAAGUAUUCUUUACUUUAUCUAUAAACUCACAAACUAAUGAAUAUUGUGCCAUCUGCUAGACGGGACCUGGUGAUUUAUGUUAUUAAGUUCACUUAAAUGUAAGGUAUAGUUGGGGCAAUUUUUUUCUUCAGUGGGUCUCUUCACAAAAUUAAUGUUUAGCCUUCUAUCUUUAUUUUCUUCAUUAAUUAACUACAGUGAACUCGCAUUGUGUGGAAUGCAACAAUAGGUUCCCUGAUACCACCGAUUAUUCAUAAAAGUAAAACAAAUACAAAUAAUCCAUCAAGUUAAAGUAGUCAAGGAAUACAUUGAAAACUUGCAGCUUUUAUUAAAAUGCACAUUACAUUUAUGACUCGGAUCAGUACAAAGCAAUUUGAGACUACUGGGCAGAACUUGACGUGUAAAUUUAAGAUUAAGCAAAACCUUAUAGCUUUAUUUUAAACAUUGACAAUUUUGUUAUAAAAUCAUCAAGUGCAAUACAUAAGUGAUAUUAUUAUGAUCUACUAUUGUAUUCAACGGUGAUAAAAUAAAAAUAGUGAAGUAUUGUAAUUUGCUAUGUUAUCUGUGCAUGUUGGCUGUUCUAGUUAUUCUUAAUUUGUUUUAUGAGGAUCAAUUUUAAUAACCAAAAUGUAAUGAUGUUCACAGUGCAUGUAACAUGUACUAGGCAAAAUGAUUAAAGCAGGAAGGCACUGCACAUUGCAACGUGGAUGCUCAUAGCUAACGAAGAUGAUGUAAUGAUCAUGUCCCUGUUCGCAUAACUCCUUGAAGAGAUUCCUUUACUUAACUUUUUGACCUUUCAAUUAAAUCAUCUGUUCUAAUAUCAUUUGAUGUAAAUCAUUAUCAAAUUGUGUUUAAUAAAUCUCGUCUGAAAUGUCUUGGAUCUACUGUUUUGCUAAAAGUUUUAAGCUGAAAAACUGAUAACAAGCUAGUGUUAUUGUAAUCAAUAAAUGAUUUGAGCACUUUUCCUCACUACUAAUUACUAAACAAGAACAAGAA